AUGGGAUUUGGCAUCAUUAUCAUUAUACGUGAAAGUCAUUCACUAAAGGUGAAUCAAUUUGUUGUCAUUCCUUUGACCCGAAAGUCUCAGGGUGAAGAAGUCGAUGAACCUGAUGUUCUUAUCAAAAAACUGGAACUUGAAGUCAGAGGUCAUGAACCUUCAGUGCUGAAGAGCUACGAAAAUUUUGUUCAUACUGUUUGUGGUCAUUUCGAUCUGCAGUGCAAAGUGGAAACUCGCAACUCGCCAAUAUUCGACCGCCUCUCCUUGAACAAAUCACCCUUCAUUUACAAGAAACAUCAACGGCAAUACGAGUUCCGGACUUAUGUUAAAACUUUCACGAUUCCUCAUCUAACAGGAUCCACAGCCAGUGUCUUCCUCGAGUACAUCCAACGCAACCUCCCUGCCGGUGUUCACAUGACCGUGAAUCAACACCGUGUGGAGCCGCUGCCUGAGGCACUUCAGCGUUCUACUGAAAGUCAAAAACUGGAGAAAUAA